AUACGAACUAGGACUCCAAACUCUCGCGAUAUCUGCAGAGUGGCGCGAUGGCGGAUGACAACGCGGUCGAAACGGGACCAGCAGAAGAGUCUCUUCAUCAUCAUCAUCAUCGCUGCUGGUUUUCAUCACUUCCAUCUGCUGAAUGAACGCCCCCCCUGGUGCAGCAGAAUGUCAGGAAUGUUCUAGAAUGCCAGUUGCAGUCGGAGCUCAGAACUUAUUACUAACAGCAGGUCAUAACAGGCGAGUCGUCCGUUAAUCACCAUAUGAGAUCCGCCAGCGGGACAUCAGACACAGAGACGCUCGAGAAACCGUUUGGCGAUGUGGCUGCGUGUUCUGCUGGCGUGUUUGCUGCUUGAGUUCUGCGGCGCGGCUCCGCACGCUCACAUCAACCGCCUCGCGCUCUUCCCCGACAAAAGCGCCUGGUGUGAAGCCAAAAACAUCACGCAGAUCGUCGGACACACGGGCUGCACGCCACGAUCCAUCCAAAACAGGGCUUGUCUGGGUCAGUGCUUCAGCUACAGUGUGCCCAACACCUUCCCACAAUCCACUGAGUCUCUGGUCCAUUGCGACUCAUGCAUGCCGGCGCAGACGCAGUGGGAGGUGGUGACUCUGGACUGCGCCGGCAGCGAUGAAGCCCCGCGUGUGGAUAAGUUAGUGGAGCGUAUCCUUCACUGCAGCUGCCAGUCGUGCAGUAAAGAGAGCAGCCAGGAGGGGGCGCUGCUGCAGCUGUAUCCGUCAGAAGGAGCGCUGGAGACGCCGGCGCUGCCAGACACUACACACACGCAGCACGCUCACAUGCACGCCGACGCGCAUUUAGACGUACAUGCACCUGAGGCCGGGUGACGCGCGUGCACACGCGCAUGCUUUACACUAGGGCUGCGCGAUUAAUCGAAUCGCAUCUCGUCAGUAAAGCCGGUUCUGUGAUUAGUAGUAAAUCUCCAUCACUAUGCUUUCAGAUGGAGCAGCAUUUACUACACAGAGCUGUAGUCCACUGACAAGCUACGCAAAAAAAAAUCGCAUACGAUAUGAUCGCGCGAUUAUGAAAUCAAAGAUAUCGUUCUGCGAUACUGAAAGCUGUUUGCGUAGCUUCUCAGUGAACUACGGCUCUGUGUAGUAAAUGCUGCUCCAUCUGAAAAUACCACAUUUAAUAACAUGUUUUUACUCCAAACAUAACGUCAGUCGUGUGUUUGAAAUAAAUUAAAAUUGAAAUAAUUAAAAAUUAUAAUGAGAAGAACUAUAUAUUGUCGUAGUCGUGUGUUUAUUAGUCACGCUGAAUCGAUGAAAGCAGUUAAAUCUUCUGUUUAUUCAGCUAGCGCUGUAGACAUUUCCUGGAUUUCUUCUGAGUUUCUCUGGCCUUCGGAUGAAGAUUUACUACUGAUCACAGAACUGUGCUUCACUGACAAGAUGCACAUGACAAUCGCGGCAUUUGCGAUUGCGAUUUAAUUUCGAUUAAUCAUGCAGCCCUACGUUACACUUUAAAGCCUACUGAACUCUCCGUCUCUGUCUGUCUAAAGCACUUUUUCACUUAGAGAUCGUGACACUAAUCAAGACUUUAUCACAGUCGUUGGAGCUUCAGUCAGCUCUGAAUAAAUGCGCACACACACGACUAUAUAUUACUGACGCAUUCGCACACACGUCCAGAUCUAUAUAUCUGUAACACAAUACAAUCAGACUGUGUGUCACUUAUGUAAUAUUGUUUAAUCACAAUAAAACGUGAAUUCACCUUUA